UCGGACUCAAAGGGCUUUUCGUGACAGACGCGGUAGACAUAACACGGCCAACGUCAUAGGUAUCGCAGACUACAGACAGCUACAGACCCGUCUCGGAGCUUAUGGCGAGGCUCCGCCCACUGCGUGCGCGCACUUCCCGGAGACCUCGGUUACUUGCGCGUCAGCAGUCAGAUGUGAAAGAGGAGGGAGCAGUUGCGUUAAGUUUAAUAAGAGGAAGACUGUCAGAGAUCUUGGGAAGCACUACGAGGGGUACAAAGAAAGGAAGAGCGACAUGAAUUUGCAAUUCUGCUUCAACACCAUGCAGAAGGUGCCGGUGGAAAUUCUUGCAAACAUAUUUUCAUAUUUGCCUUUUGUUGACAGACAUGCAGCAUCUUUAGUUUGCAAGAAAUGGUAUCAUGCAAUUCAGUUUCCAACCGUCUGGUAUUUCACUGAGGUUAGCUUUGAAAUUGGAACUGAAGAGAACACUUUACAAAAAAUGUGUCAAUUUCUUUCUAAGGUGAGACAUCUGAAAAUUGUCCUAAAUCAGGCAGUACAUAUUAACCGGAAGAAUGCAAUAGAGACCUUGAAAUAUGCAACAGACUCGAGCAACAACAUACAAGUGCUAUGCAUUGCAUGCCGGGGUGAAAAUCCACUGUUUUACUCUGGCCAAGAUAUUCUGAGGGGCAUCUCGGACAUCUUUCAGAACAAAUCAGCAGGUCUACGCCUUCGGGAAAUUGACUUUCGACACAUGCCAUUUAUGCUGGAUGACUACCUGGUCCGACUGAUAGCUUCAAAAAAUCCAAAUUUACACCGUUUGUAUAUUAACAACCAGACUUUAGUUUGCAAUGUCACUAAGGAUUCGGUUAGAGAAUUGCUGAGACUUUGUCCAGAGUUAUCUGUCCUUGGGGUCUUCUAUGCCAGCAUAUCAGAAGAUGUGAUUCAUGACCUAAUGAAGCCAGAACGACCCAAUUUCCUCUUACUGGAGCUGUUCUGUGAGCGGCUGGAUAAAUAUAUUCCUGCUAUCACCAAUGAUCUAUGGGAGGCACUUCACAAGAGACACCCCUUCAUGGCUGUUGACAUGGUGUUGGACCACACACUGCCUAAAAGAAAGAUGACAAGGAUAUUGCAGCCUGCAAUUCCAGUCAGAAACUUGGAACUGAUCACCUACACGUAUCUAGUAAAUGAAGUGCAAUUUACUGCCUCAAAUUACUCCACGACGUUGGAAAAGUUAGUGCUGCAGACGACGUCCUCUGAAGAGCUGAAUGCCGCACUAAUAGACCUGGCUUCAGUUUGCACUUCACUUAAGGAGAUCCACUGCUACUGUGUGGUGUCUGCAGGUGUUAUACAGGCGUUCACUACCUGCUGCCCUAAGCUAUGGAGAUACACUUUAAAAGUCAGCAAAGAGCCCCAUCCUUGGUUGUGCACUGUAGUAAGAUAAGGAAGAUUAUUAAUGAUAAUUGACCUAUACUUUCCAAAACCAAUGAAAACUGCUGUCGGCACUCUCUGUGAGUUGGGGGGGGGGGGGUUGGGGGUGAUCCAUGCCAAAACUAAGACUCGCAGUGGAGACCUGCACAUUCAGCAUGAUGACGCACUUUUCGCCUGUGGAUCAUGCUCUUUUCGCAUCAAGACAUGAAGGUUCUUUUUCAUUUACUGAGGGCUGCUGUUUAAGCCGCAUCCCAUAAUGAGUAUGUGGAUGCCAUUGCCACAUUUUGGCCUGUAGCACAAAUGCAUGCCAUAAGUAAAUGUCAAUACCUCAACUGUGACACCUUAAGUUUGGUCGGAUCACCCUGUAGCAGUAGUGCACUGUUUGCUCGUAUUUAAAUAUUUUUCAUUAUUAGUAGCAGAAAAUGUUAUAUUACAUUCAGGAGGAAUUACAUAAAUAUUGCUUAAAAGUUAUUUAUAAUCUGUCAUUGAGUAUCAUGCAUUUUUAAAGAUUAAUAUGAAUAUCGAAUCAGUGUAUGUGUUAAUACAAGAAAAAGU